AUGAAAGUAAUCAUAUUCGGUGCCACCGGUGGAAUCGGUUCCGAAUGUGUUCGACAAGCCAUCGAAGACAAAGCCAUUGAACUUAUCACAGUUGUUACACGUCGGCCAUUUGACAAUAGUAUUACUUCAGACAAACUUCAAGUCGUACUUCAUACAGAUUUUCUUGAUUACACUCCACUACUAAAUUUAUUUGAAACUCAUCAGAUAUGUAUUUGGGCAUUAGGCAUAUCACAAAAUGCUGUGAGUGAACGCGAAUACAUAGAAAUUACUCAUGAUUACACUAUUGCGGCAGUGAAAGCUAUCGCAAGUGUUAAUCAGGCCAUGAGAUUUGUAUUUAUCAGCGGAAUGGGCGCCGAUUCAACUGAACAAAGUCGAUUUUUAUUCGGCCGUAUCAAAGGUAAAACUGAAAAUGAUCUAGUCAACGAAGGUGGUCUCAGCGAAGUUUACACUGUUCGUCCAGCCAGCAUUUUAUUUUCUCAACCACUCUCAAACAAAGCUUGGUACGAACGAGCUGUUCAACCUCUCGCUCAUAUAAUCACACUGGUGAAACCAUCAUGGACUAUAACAUCGACUGCAUUAGCACGUGCAAUUUUAUACAUUGGGAAAAAUGGGCAUCAUGCAACAUUGUUUGAAAAUGAAGAUCUGAAACAUGUUGUUAGUCAGAACAAUCUGGUAGAAUGA